AUGGUGUUACAUGAUCGAUCAAGUACUCGUAGGAGUAGUAGGAGUAGUACAUCAUCAUCAACAUCAGUAAUAUUAGUAUUAGUUUCGUUGUUGUUGUUGUUUGUAUCAACUUGUGGUAUUAUAGCUACUCCUGAUUUACCAGAAGAUGAGUUUAAAUCGGCUGAAUGGUUAAUUAAAUACUUUGGAUCGUAUAUCUCAACCGAAUCGUCGAUUCGUAUAUGUACAGAUGACACAUACCAAAUCGAUUGUAUUUUGGAUGAUAAUGAUCCAGAUGUCUUUCAUAUUAUCAAAUUUCCAUUUAUGACAGUAGUUGAUUUUGAAUAUGUUGGAGAAUUACCAAAUAUAACAAAGUUGACAUUUCCCUAUGUUACAGAGAUGGAUAUACAAAUACUAUAUUUUGACUUGAUGCCACCCGAAUUUGCAGAGAUUGAUUUAUUAUCUUAUUUCACUGAUCUUCCAUCCCUAGAAUCUCUAAUCAUUACAGAUGAUCGUCUUCAUAAUAUACCAGACUCUUUCUCAAAUGGAAAUUUCCCAAGUUUAACAAAAUUGGGUAUAUAUUCUACCAAUAUAUUAUCAGUCGAAACAUUUAUAAAUAUAACAACUGUACAGGAUAUCACAAUCUCCAAGACCACUUCACCUUUUACAAUUGAUCCAACUAUUUAUCUUCCCAACUUGAUUAAUUUCAACUUGUUAUUUUCUCUUAACGAUUCCAUGGAUAUAAGUUUCAGUCAACACGGGUUCCCAAAUCUUGACCUUAUUUAUAUCACUUAUGCCAAUGAUAUUGGUCAUCAACUCACUAUCACCGUCGAAACAUCUUCAGUCACCCAAUUCAUUGGAUAUCGUGAAUACUCUAUUGGAUAUGCUACUAUUAAUCCUCAAUUUAUUCAUCCAGAAUCAUUGAUCAUUUUAGAUCAUCAUGGAGGAGCAUCACGAUUAUCACCACAAAAUAUGUCUUUGUAUUCAAAUUUACAAUCAUUGACAUUAGAAGGUCAAUUAUUUCCACCUAUUAAUACACCAUUUCCAGCAUCAUUGAAAUCAUUUAAAUCUCAAUCAGAGUGGGAAGGUGGAAAGAUACCUUCCAACUUGCUGGACAAUGAUCCAAAUAAUUUGGUAUUGGAUUUUAAUGGCAACCAUGGAAUUACUGGUGAUUUAUCGCAAGCAUUUUGUUAUAUUCAAGGUUUGAGAGCACCCUAUGCACCAAUCAACUCGAUUCCGUCAUGUUGGUGGUGUUAUAAUUCAUCAAGACUCAGCACAAUUGUGCAACGACCCGCAUCACCACUUUGUAAUAUCCAAAUUGAUAGUUUUAAUCUAACUUCAUAUCAAGGUUGGUUUAAUAUAACUGGUGAUAAUAUCGGGUGGGGUGAUAACACAAACUUUACUCAAAUCUAUCCAAACAAAAAGUUAAUGGGUAAAAUUGAUUUAAGUUUAGGUAGAAAUCAAGUAAAUAAUUAUUCAUUGGUUAAAGAUCCAAUUCAAGGAUAUACAUUUGAAUUUACCAUUUCAGAGGUAUCAUUUCAAGUUAAUAAUGUGAUUGUUGAUCCAUUGGAUUCAACUUUUAAUGCAACUUCGGUGACUGUUGUUUUCGAUUUUGUUAAUCCAAUUGUUCAACAUCAACCAUCGAUCUCUUAUGGAGGAUACCCAUGUCAAUUCCAAAGAUACCAAGAGUUUACCAAAUCAAUUGUUUGUACCCCAAUAACUUAUCCAAAUAAUACAAAACCAUUGGUUAAAAUUGAAAAUCAAUUCAAUCAAACUAUUACAAAUCCUGAUGUUGUUUUGAAAUCUGUAAAUGUUGUAUCAUAUACAUUGGAUCCACCAAGUUACCCACCAACCUAUUUAAAUUUAAUUGGGUAUUUUGGAAUCAAUACAAAUCUUGCCGUCAUUACAUUGACACCUCAAGAUGAGACAUUACAGACGUAUGGUUGUGAGAUUAUUCAAUCAAACCAAACAUUUAUUCAGUGUAAAUUACAACAACUAGAACCACCACCUGGUAUCACUGGAUUUGAUAUUGUAAUACCAUCCUAUGGAUCAUACAAUAAUAUUAGUUUAAUUGUUAUUCCUGCUCCAAUUCAAAUUAUUGUUACUCAAUAUCAACUUGAACCACCUAUAUAUCCACCAACCCUUUUAAAUUUAUUUGGGUAUUUUGGGACUAUUUUAGAACCAAAGGCAAAUGUUUCUAUUCAGUCACCUGGUCACGACGAUGUUGAAUGCUUGGUCAAACUAUUUAGUAGUGAUUAUAUUCAAUGUAGUUUCACCCAUCAACCAUUCCCAGGUCCAUCAACAUUGGUUGUUACUGUACCUCAUGGUUCAUAUAAUUCUCCAUUAUUAUUUAUUCCUUAUCCUUCAACAAAUGUUGAAUCAUAUACUUUAAGACCAUCAACCUACCCACCAACACAUCUUGAAUUAAAUGGGUAUUUUGGACCUGAUACAAAUGUAGGACAAGUAUUGCUUGCAGAUGAUGUUGGUGGCGACCAACAUAAUAUUAUUCAAUGCACAGUCACAGAUAUAAAUGAAACUAGUAUUAUAUGUCAAUUUGAAAACCAACCAUAUUCAGGACCACUUGAUUAUACUGUAGUUGUUCCAAAUGGAAAUUAUUCAUCUCAAUUAAUUAUACCAUAUAUUCAAUCAGAUGUUUUAAUUACAUCUGUAAAAUUAAUUGAUUCAACAAGACAAAUUGACCAACAAAUGAUUUUAAAUGGUCAUUUUGGUUUAAAUGUUAGUUUAUCAACCAUUCGAUUUAAUAAUACCGAUUCAUUUUGUAGUGUAACAACUUCAAAUGAGACAACGAUCGAAUGUCAUUUCACAAAACAACCAUCAUCAGGUUCUAUCACUCCAUUGACACUUGUAACACCAAAUGGAGAUUAUUCAUCCAAUACAAUAUUAUUCAUACCGUAUCCAUCAUUACCAAGUGAUGAUGAGGAAUGUAUGGUUAGAACAAAUAAUUGUAGUGGUCAUGGUAAAUGUGUUGAUGGAAAGUGUCAAUGCGUUGCUUUGGAUUGGUAUGAUGAUUGUAAAUUUAAAAUAUCAUCCAAUCAAGAUUUGAAAUCAAUCGUUAACUUGAACAAUCCAACGAUAUCAUUUGGAAUUGGUGAUGAUUAUAGAUUCGAAUUCUCAAUGAUUGCAAUUCAAGAAUUAGAUAUUAAUAAUCAAACAAUCAAAGAAUUACAUACAACUAAUAAUUGGAAUAAUUAUACUGAUACCACAUCAACAACAACCAAUCAACAAUAUAAAUCAUUGGAAUAUCAAUUAUCACUGUCUACAAAUAUUAAUAAUAUUAUUUUUGAAAAUACAAAUAUUAAAUCAACCAUUGAAAUAUCAAAUAACGGUAAUAGAACCAUUCAAUUUGGAGAUGAAAGUAUUUAUAUUGGUAAUAAUAGUAUUAAAUCAACAGUAUCAAUUAAAGAUUGGCCCUAUUCAACAGUAUCAGAAUCACCACAUCUCGUUGUAUUAUUCUCAACCACAAUUAAUAAUAAUCAAACUAUUAUUGGAUGUGAUGGAUCAAUCAAUCAAGUGGAAACAUUCCAAUCAUUCCAAGAUAGUGAUUCAAUUGAAUUUAUUCGAAUCAUCACCAACGAUGAUAUUCAAUUCUUUGGACAAUUCCUACCAUUUGUAAUAUCAGACAACAACAAAUCAACGUACUCCAAAAUAGAAUUAAUCAACACAACUAGAAUCAAUGAUCAACAAUCGAUUGUAUUGAUUGGUAUUCAUCUUCCACAAUGUCAACUAUGUUUGAUUGAUCCUCAAUUCACACCACUCCAAAUUGACCGUGAAAUAUUUGGAGAGUGUCCACCACCACCACCAACAGACAAUAGAUUUGCUAGUUGGAAGAUAGCAGUGAUAUUGGUAUGCACCAUUAUUCCAAGCAUUGCAGUUGCUCUCUUCGUAUUUAUCAAAUACCGACAAUCCAAAAAAGCCACAUCACAUCACAGAGUACAUCUAAUGAAAAUUAAAUAA